CCAUCAAAACGAAAUUCAUUAAGAUGACACAGCUUGCAGUUCUGAGACAUGUAUCAUGGUUAGGGUCAAACAAUGUUUCGUUAUUACCAAAUUUCUCAAAAUUAUCCAUUGUCACUUGCAAAAAACCCUCCUAGAUUUUUGUUGACCAAAGAUCUCGUGUCAUUGUUGUUGUACUUUGCGUUUCAGUGGCGUUCAACAUCAAAAGAUACAGACACGUGAAAAGAGUUACCUGAGACGGCUCCUUGAAGUGCUCUGCCAGCGGUGUCGUGUUCGUGUCGUCUUCGGUGUUCGUGCCUCCGACGGAUUCAGCAGCAAGAUGAACCGUGGUCGAGCAGGCCGACCCAAGAAGUUGGGCAGGACGCCCAGGGACCUGGCUGCCAUCAUUAAGGACAACGACUGGUCCAUCGAUGACGUCACAGUGUGGCAGAAAUUGGCGCGAACUCUCAUUGACGAUCAUUCCGUGAACAACCCGAUCAAGGUCAAGAAUCUGGCUAACAAGUUCAAACGACACCGGGAGGAAGUCAGGGGAGCUCUUUCCAGCCGUGAUGUUGGUCCACCUGCACGCGGCGAAUCGUCCACGGCGGACUGGUGUACGGACUGCUGGGCCCACGUGACGGACGCGUGCCUCGAGGGGCACCGUCUGCUGGACGCGCAAACGGCCGUGGAGCAGGAGCGGGCUCAUCUGGAGUCUCUGCUCCAACAGGUGGAGCGCGCUCAGGCGCGGGUGGUUGCCGCGGCCGCCGCGGCGGAAGCACGCUCGGACUGAUAAGAGUGUUUCCUGUACGUACGUAGGGGCGCCAUUGGCCAGAACUCACUCUUUUUUAGGGUUUCUUGUAAUGUGUUGUUAUUGGCCAGAACUCACUCUUGUUUAGGGUUUCUUGUAAUGUGUUGUUCAGGUCUGAACUCACAUUGGUUUUUUUUAGAAUGUCCCCUGUAAUGUGUUUCAUACUCACAUUAAUUUUUGUAAUGUUUCCUGUCGUGUGUUACAUAAGUCCAAAGUCAUAUUUUAUAGAGAAAAUUCGCUGCAAUGUGUUACUUAGGGGUUUCGUGCAAUGUGUUUCCUGUCUAAAGUCACAUUUUCUUUUGAAGUGAUUUAAUAAUCUUUCCCUCUAAUUGUAUUUUGUUCGCUUUGUAAUCGAUUAUCAUUGUGACGUGUACAUUUCAAAUUGAGUUAUUGCUAUGAAAUGGAAAGAGUCUGUUCGUACUGUCAUAUCUUAUGCAUAUCUUUGAACGGUUUAUAUGUUUGCUUGAGCGGACUUUUUUAGUUCUAUCUAUAUAUCAGUGACUUUGCUUUACAGUAUUGUAAUAGUUUUUAUUCAUUCGUUAUGGUUUAAGGCGGUCACUGCCUGUCAUGGAUUCAGUUCCUAUUGUUGUAUUUUAGAGAACACAAAUGGAGUGUUCACGUAACAGUUUGGACAGGACAGUCUGUGUUUUAUUUUUUCUUUUGAGAUUGGCUUAUCUCUUGUUUUAUGAUACUUAGUUACUUUCAAUAUAUGAAUGUUUUGGACAUGUACAUUUCAAAGCAGGUCAUUGCCAUGAAAUGGAUAAAUAGUUUUCAUGUUGUAGUAUUUUACUGAGUACCUAUAGGGGGUUUUAGUUUCUGGUUAGGUAGACUGCCUCGAUUUAUGUGAACAACAUUUCUGAAAUCAAAACCAAAAUACCGACAUGAGUGACUUUAGGUAGAUUAUCCUUAGCAGAAAUGCUGGUUGUCCGUAGCCUGUUCACACCUUAUUUUGACUGAUUCUGAGGCUCGGUAUUGAAUGAUAAUGGAUAUUUUGUUUAUUAUAUGUGGAUCAUAUCUCUUAUGCUAAUAAAAAAAAACAACGGUGA